AUGUUCAAGAAGAACCUUCGUCAGGUGAAGACAUCGGCGCCUUUGCGCAACUCGGAUCGGCGCGCACUCCGCGACCGCGUUGUGCGGGGUUUCUGCCCGAACGAGCCAGAGAAUGGUGAUGAACUUGUACCGGAGGGUAUCCUGAGCCAAAAGAUCACGACUUCUGCUGGAAUCCCUGGUAUUGUAUACCUCGCUUCUGGGGGCGAUCCUCUCUGGUUCACGAUUGGGCGGGACUCUGAAGACCUCAUUCCUACAGUGUAUACUCUAUGGAAAUGGCCGGUGCUUAUACCAACCAUUACCGUGCCAGCCCCGGUUAUACCAAUACUCAUGAAUGGCGCUGACUUGAUGGCCGCUGGGAUUGCUCAGAUGAUGACUUUACCUAAAGUGGAUCAACUAGUGUCUGUCGGCACGAACAUUAUGGGACCCGCUCUCGCCGUCGGACGGAUGAUCAUAGACGGCGAGAGGAUCAUGAAGGAGAACAUCAACAAGGGGAAGGCCGCGACUAUCGUACACACGUUCAAGGAUUCCUUGUGGGCCCUGGGAUCCAAGACGAACCCUCCAGAAGCCACUCCUUUCUCGGUUUCUGGAGCACACCCUGCUCCCAUCGAAAGCGGUGCUUCGGCAGGCCCGCCACCAGUUUCGAACGCUACUACAGACGGCGACGAUAUCUCUCUGCUUGUCCCAGGUGCAAGCUCGGACGAGCGGGGCAAACUUCCUCUCGAACCUGGCUCUAGCUCACCAGCUGCACUCGACGACGAAGAGAAGUUCUUUAUGACUGCGGAAGAAGUUUCGGCUGCUCUCAAGGAUGCUCUUCUACAGGUAAUCAAAACGUCGAAUACCUCGUCUCCCGCCUUCCCCAUCGCGGCGUCCACCUUCUAUACCAGUCACAUUCUUCCCUCGCGGGCCAUCCGAACCAUCCAUUCUACAACUUCCGUCGAUAUCAAGCACUCGACCUUCAAAUCUUUCGGCGCGUUCUUGAAACAGGCCGAAAAGCAGGGUCUAUUGAAGCUCAAGGACGCGCGUGGAGAAGUCAACAUCUUAUCAUUGAACAGCGAUGCCGACGAUGUGAUCCUACAUCGCAUUCACUCGACCGUCGGCGACUAUGAGAAUACGCAGAAGAAAAAGAAAGAGCGUGAGGGAAAGCGUGAUGCAGCGAACGAAGCGAAGGAGAAGCAGAUCAUGGUGGAGGAGCUCUGGAAGCCGCAUCUGACGACCAUCAGACUCUUCGAAGAGGCAAAACUGGACGCUUCGGGGAUGUACACGCUGGCGGACCUUAAAGCCGCUCUGAACGCCUACGUCGACUCGCAUGAUCUGGUGAACAAGUCCGAACAGAUGUUCAUCAACACGGACGCAGAUCCGACGCUGAGAGAGGCGCUAUGGCCUCAGACGGGAAAGAAUCCGCCUAGAGUGCCCGAGUUCUUGAAGCGCGAGGAGCUUAUGGUGGCGCUGUGCGCGAAGAUGCAGCCAUGGCACCGCAUACAGCAGGGCUCCUCCGAGCCGAUUCUCAAGAAGGGACAGUUGCAACCCAUCUCUGUUACGGUCAAGGCGCGGCAAGGAAAGAAGCAGAGCACACUUAUCACCGGGCAUGAGCCGUUCAUGCUGUCUUCUGAGUACCUUGCCGAGACGCUGCGCACGCGCUGUGCGACCUCGACCUCUGUGUCCCCUGUCAAAGGUUCCUCUAAGGCGGAGGAAGUCUUGGUGCAGGGCAAGCAGAUCAAAACUGUUGUCGAAUUCCUGGAGCAGACCGGCGUGCCGAAGAAGUGGAUCAAGGCCGACAAGGCUUGA